CACGGCCAUUAAUGCCCAAACCUAUCAACCGAUCAUCAUGUCCUUCUUCCCUACCCCAACAUCAGAGCAGAGCAUGCACAAAGGCAACUGCCACUGCGGCGCUGUGAGCUUCCGCUUUUCGCUGUCUCCGCCUCUGUCCGAAUAUCCCGUCGUCGACUGCAACUGCUCUAUCUGCAGCAAAAAUGGGUACCUGCUCGUGUACCCCUCGCUCAAAGACUUCACCCUUGAGAGCGGCGACGAAACAACCCGGACGUACCAAUUUGGCCGGCGUCAGGCGAAGCACGAGUUUUGUGGGACCUGCGGGAGCAGUUGUUUCAUCCGGCUGGUGGCAGAGGACGCGCCACCAAUCAUAGCAGUUAAUGUCCGUUUGCUGGAGGACUGUGAUCUGGACAAACUAAAUUACAAAAAAGUUGAUGGAAGGUCUUUCUAACCACAUUAUACGUACCAGCCGCCGCUCUAUCAAAAUCUUAUAUUCACGAGAUGCAGCCAGUCAACGUCACUCGGAACACUCCACUCACCGUCGGUAUAUGUAACCUCGUCCAUCUCAUACGAACAAGAGACAUUGGGGGGGAAGGUGGUAACUCG